UCGAAUUUGAAACCCGUAACGAAAUUUUGGUUUUAAUCUCCCUCGCCUUUAGUCAAUCGAAACCAAAAACUCAAAUCUAAAAAUCAUGGCGGCAAUUAGCGAAGAGCAGAUGAAUCUGCUUCUCUCUAGUUUCGAUCAGAUCUACGAGGAUUUUAAAUGCGGGAUGAAUGAGAUCAACGUUUUCAGAACAAAGAGCAAUGUUGAAACUAGCAGAAGAGAAGCUCUUGAGAUUAGUAACAAGGCUCUUAAAGAAGAGAAUGAAAGGCUGAAGAAACUAUAUACGGAAUCUCUAAACAAUUUUGUCGAUCAGCUUGAGCAUCGAACUAAGUGUCACGGGUUGAAAGAAGAACUGAAGAGAGUGUAUGAUGAAAGCAAAAGCAAAGAACAUGUGAGAUAUGAAUUUGCUUCUGAUAUCUCUGGCAAGCUGUGGCAGGAACAUAGGAAUGCUUUGGAAUCACUCAGGCAGAAGCAUGUAACGAAGGUUGAAGAGCUAGAGAAUAAAAUCAGAAGCCUUUUGGUUGAAAAGGCAACAAACGAAAUGGUAAUCGAUAGGCUACGCCAAGACUUGUCAGCUAACAAAUCGCAUGUUCAAGCAAUGUCGAGGAAGCUGGAUCGUGUAUAUGCUGAAGCGGAAUCCAAAUAUGCCCUCGAGAUUGAGGAUCUAAAGGACUGCCUUCAGAUGGAACAAGAAGAGAAAAAUGAUAUCAGUAACAAACUUCAGAGUCUGCAGAAGGAAUUGCUUAUUAGUAGAACAACAGUAGCCGAAAAGCAGAGGGAUACAACUUCAAAUCGACAGGUAGAGACAUUGAAGCAGAAGCUAAUGAAAAUGAGAAAAGAGAAUGAGAUCCUUAAACGGAAACUAUCUUCUUCAUAGAACAGCCAGAGGCCAGACUUUGCUCGACUAGUAACUUACUGCUCUGUCCCUGCAACGAGUAAGUUCCGUAAAACCAAACUAAUUUUUUUUUUUUUCAUAUUAUUUUAGUAGAUGAUAUAUAGUUUGAAAACAUACACCAAAACCAAUCCUUCUCAUCUUAAAGCACAUAUAAAAUGUAAAAUUGAAACGGAGCCCUACAUAAUUUAAGACGGUUUGCGAAACGGGG